AUGCCAAGGUCAGUUAUCUUGGACCAAGACGGUGGCCAUGAUGACCUGGUUGCCUUAUCACUUCUUCUUGCGCACCCAGAUAAGGUGCGUCUCAUUGGGUGCAUCUGCACCGAUGCGGAUUGUUUUGUCAGUGAUGCAUUUAACGUCGCAGGGAAAAUUAUGAGCCUUGUUCACAGUCGCACAAAUGUAUCACUCUUUCCCAUUGGCAUUUCAUCCUUUCAUGGUGUGAAUCCUUUUCCGAAGUUGUGGCGCUGUCAUGCGAAGAACAUGAACGACUUUCCCUGCCUGAACCUCCCUGAGCACGUUGCGCUGUGGGACAAGCUGAAGGUUGAGAACGAGAAAUUGGUGGGUGAGCAGCUGCUUGCGGAUUUGGUGAUGAAUUCGGAGGAUAAGGUAACCAUAUGCGUGACUGGACCGCUUUCCAAUGUAGCGUGGUGCAUCGAGAAGUAUGGGAAGCAGUUUACAGAUAAGGUGGAAGAGUGUGUCAUUAUGGGCGGCGCCGUGGAUGUUGGCGGUAACGUUUUUGAAUCCACCACUGACGGCACGGCAGAGUGGAACAUUUAUUGGGACCCACCAGCGGCAAAAGUGGUGUUUGAGUGCCCGCAUAUGCGCAAUAUUCUUUUUUCGCUUGAUUCGACAAAUCACGUUCCUGUAAACUCGUCUUUUGUGCAGCGCUUCGGUAACCAAAACGGCUACCUCCUCUCGCAGUUUGUGGGUUCUGCCUGGGCCACAUGCACCCACUAUGAGCUUCUUCGUGAAGGUGAUGGCUACUACGCCUGGGAUGUGCUGACUGCCGCCUAUGUGCUUGACCAGACUUUGGCGAAACUUGAGCCGAUUGUGUUGGAUGUGGAGACGGAUAAAACGAAGAGCGAGGGUCGCACCUUUCGUUCCACGCAAGCAGGCCCUUGCACCUAUGUUGCCAAGGAUAUAAAGGCAGACGUAUUUUAUGACAUGGUGCUUUCCAGUAUGCGUUACUGCUGA